CCGAUAUCUCGCCUACGUCUCAGAGUGAGUUAUUGAUGGUGCAUCAAUUUUAUUGACUGGAAGUUUUAAAACAUGGAACCCGUUUUGCGUCCGGACCGGUUGGAUUUGGACCCUCAAGACCCUGACGCAGCUCUCGCUUUUGAACACUGGCUUGCAUGCUUCCAAUCGUACUUGGCGGAGCUUCGUGCGACUGAACCCGCCGUUAUGCACAGAAUCCUACUCUCGAGGGUAACCCCCAAAGUUUACUCCUUUAUCCGGGACCUGCCGACCUACGAAGGGGCACUGGACGCCCUCAAACGACAGUACCUGCGGCCGGUGAACACCGUCUACGCAAGACAUCGUUUAGCUACCCGGCAACAGCGGCCUGGCGAAUCGUGCGCUGAGUUUCUCCGAGCAUUACAGACACUCGUCCGGGCUUGUGACUGCAAGACGCUCACGGCAGAACAGCAUGCGGAGCUGCUGGUGCGAGACGCCUUUGUGACGGGACUGAGGUCAGUGUACAUGCGCCAGCGGCUGCUGGAGAACUCGGAUCUUACCUUAAGCUCGGCGAUAGAGAAGGCCAACGCUCUAGAAGCUGCGCGGCAUAACGCCGACGCUGUCCAGUCGCGCGAUUCCCCGCCGGUUUCGUGGACGCCUCAGACCCCGCCACCGCCAGCUCCCGGGAGCGAAUUCGCCAACGCCGCCGCCAGUCGCCAUUCCACGAGCUCCCCGACCCAGACCACGGCUGUGGCCCGUAAGAAACUCGUGCCUUGUUAUUUCUGUGGCCAAAAGAAACAUCCUCGACAACGCUGUCCAGCGCGAGAAGCGACCUGCUCCAGCUGCGGAAAGCGGGGCCACUUCGCCAAGGUCUGUAAGUCUCAACCUCGAGCGGAGUGCAGCGCUGCGGGUGAAACGUGGGGGCCGCCAUCUUGCAUGCCGGGAUGUGGGCGGCCAUCUUUGUCGACGUCAGCACGCCCCGCCCCCGAUCCUCGGAUGCUGACCGGGUACCCCGGAUGUGAGCGGCCAUCUUUGUCGGCGUCAGCAUGCCCCGCCCCCGACCCUCCGAUGCUGACCGGGUACCCCGACGGCGAUCCAACUCUGGCCACUGUGACUCUCGACCAAAGCGCCCCACACCAGCUUGCAAGGUCCAUGAUGGACAUCCAGGUGGAGGGGCAUUGGACUGGAUGCCUGUUUGACACGGGCAGCACUGGGAGUUUUAUUCACCCGGACACAGUGCAACGCUGCGGACUUGCAACGCGGCCGGUCAGUCGGAGGUUCCAUUUGGCCUCUGGGUCGCAGUCCGCAGACAUCCGGGCGGGUUGUGUAGCGACUUUGGUGGUGCAAGGCACAGUAUAUCGGGACUUUGAACUGCUGGUCAUGCCUAAUCUGUGUGCACCUGUGCUAUUGGGGCUGGACUUCCAGAGCCAUCUCGAAAGUGUGACUAUGGUAUACGACGGGCCCCUCCCACCACUCACUGUCAAGAAUCCUCAGUUUUGUGGGACUUCUUCACAUACCCCGCUACUGACCACACACACACACGGACACACACAUCCCAUCCAGAACCAGGCCAACAGCUGCGCUACCGACACUUGCAGCCUCUCCACUCUCAAGAUCCCUUCCCCACCGCUGUUCGCCAACCUGACCCCCGACUGUAAACCUGUGGCAACCAAAAGCAGGAGGUACAGCGCGGGGGACCGGGCCUUCAUUCGGUCGGAGGUGCAGCGGCUGCUCAGGGAGGGGAUCAUUGAGCCGAGCACAAGCCCUUGGAGGGCCCAGGUGGUUGUUGUUCGGACUGGGCAGAAAAAUAGGAUGGUGGUGGACUAUAGUCAAACCAUCAAUAGGUUUACGCAGCAUGACGCAUACCCCCUACCCCGCAUCGCGGAUAUGGUCAACCAGAUUGCUCAGUAUAAGGUGUACUCGACAAUAGAUCUGAAAUCCGCUUAUCACCAGCUCCCCAUCUGCCCAGAGGACCGCCCCUACACCGCCUUCGAGGCGGGCGGCCGGCUCUAUCACUUCCUGCGCGUCCCUUUCGGUGUCACGAAUGGUGUCUCUGUCUUCCAGAGGGAAAUGGACCGGAUGGUGGACCAGUACCAACUGCAGGCCACAUUUCCCUAUCUGGAUAACAUCACCAUCUGUGGUCAUGACAGGCCAGAUCACGACGCCAACCUCCAACGGUUUCUCCAAGUGGCCGCAGCUCUGAACCUUACUUAUAACAGGGACAAGUGUGUUUUUGGUACCACCCGCCUUGCUAUACUUGGGAAGUCUGUCACUGGGACCACCCUACCAGUUUGGCUGACGUCCCCGGGGCCAGUGCUGCUCCGGAAACAUGUGAGGAGCAAUAAAUACUCCCCGCUGGUGGAGAGGGUUCACCUUCUCCAUGCGAACCCCCAGUAUGCUUACGUGGUCUUACCUGAUGGGCGGGAGGACACGGUCUCCAUCCGCGACCUGGCACCCGCAGGUGCAGCAGACCACUACCCUGAAGGCUCUCCGGUAACUGUGAACCCUGCACCAGAGGUGACACCGUACGCACCAGGCCCUACACAGACUCCUCACGACACUUGUAUACCGGGCGUUUCGUACGCGUUUAUACCAGGCGCCUCGCACAUGCAUGAGGGAUCACCGGCGCCUAGUGGGCAAGAACACGCGCAACCCCCGUCCCCUGUGCAAUCGCCAAUGUUGCCGGCACCUAUGGGGUCACAGCCGGUGCUACGUAGAUCGCAGCGACAGAUUCGACCGCCUGAUCGGCUUGACUUGUAAGAACCUUCGCUACAUGAGGACUUUUUCAAACGAAGGGGGGGUGAAUGUGGUGAACUAUGUGCCUGUCGGGACACGCCCCUGCUGACUGCUCCUGUGGCUCCUCCCACAGGCCCCUGUAUAAAGGAGACCUGCGGCCUGACACUCGGCCUCAGUCUCCAGGACCUUGUAUGAUAGACACUCACUCCUGGUUCCUUCUUCCAGUCAAUAAAAGCCGAU